AUGCCUUUUCUUGAUAUUCCAGAGAAGAUAAAUCCUUUAAAAAGCUUAAAUAUUAUAUCAAAUAAUCAUGAAAAAUAUGAGGAGUAUGAUCAUAAGGAAAAUAGUGAUUUUUCUAUGGUGGAAAAAAUUAUGGAUAGAAAUUUUAAAAAACAUAUGUCUAAUCUUUUGGAAUUGCCUUCUCAGAGUGGAAAGUCUCAAAAAAAUACUAAAGAGAUUUAUGUUUUGCCUCUUCCCGGUUUUGUAGUUAAAACUAUACAGACAGGUGAUAAUAAGAAACGGUUUCCUCAAGGUACAAAAGUAUUUCUUAACAUAUGUCAUUCGGAUUAUGUUACUCCUCCAAAAGAUAAAGCAGGAUACGAUAUUAUUCCAAAAAUAAUGAGAGGAUGGCAUUGGGAAAUACCUGUUGUCAUAAGUAUAGAACGAUGGGAUGCAGAUAAGGCUGGAAGAAAAUGCUUGGUAAUUGAUUGUUGUUGUAAUACAUCUGUUAUGGAACUAUGUAAAGAAGAUUCAAAUGUCCGUCUUUUUUUUAUUGAGACAUGUCUUGAGCUUGUUGAAGAUAAAACAGGAAUGAUUCUUUCUAGAGAAUAUGUUAUCCCGAAAAUGAAAGCAAAAGGAGAAUUACAACCAAGUAUUUUAGAAGUAGAUAAUAUUUCUGGAGUAAAAAUAGAAGAAACUAACACUAAUAAAAUUAUACCUUUAGAAGGUUUUGGAAAGAAUAUCUCGAGAAAACUUGAAAAUAAAAAGGAUGUUAUAAAUAAAAAUACAUAUAUAUCUUCUGCUAAAACUAAUAUUCAAAAUAAAAUAUCAAAGUUAACAAAACCCGUAUAUACUGUUGAAAAGUUUCUCCAAUUAAAUAAUACAGAAAAGUCAAAAAUAGUGAUAGAUCUCCCUUUAGUAGAAAAUUCAAGCUAUUUAUGUUUAGAAUUAAUCGAAAAAGAUAGUUUAUUUUCAUUGAUAUUUUAUGCUAAAAAUAUUUAUGAUGAACUAGAAAUACCUAUUUCGGAAUUCUAUAAUAGAAAAAAAUCACAUAUAGAAGCUUUUUUUGUACUAAAAAAAAAGAAACUUUAUAUAUUUAUACAGUAUAUAUGA